GCGUAACAAGUCUAUAGUCGUCAUUCCUUCCGAGGUCCCACGAGUGGGCUGCUGCUCCUUCCCCAGGCCCCCACCUAGUGUCAACAAAGGAACCAGAGAGCGAGUGAAAUAAUUAUAGAGAGAGAAAGAAAGAGGGAAAAAAAAAAAAAAAGGAAGAGAAGGCGAAAGGGAUUUAGGGUUUAGGAUCUAAACCUACGCACCCCCUUCAUCUUUCUCUCAAAAGCUUCUCCCCCACCUCCUCUCCCUAUCUUUCGCUCCUUCCUUCUCAUACAACACAGACGCAGACACAGAGACAACAGUCAAUUAGGAGGAGCCCCACGCACCCCACGCAGUCUCGAGCGAAGCAAGCAUCCGGCCACCUGCACGUGUUUGGACGGAAGCCUAAGUAGGUAGUCUCUCUGAUACUCGUUAGUUUUUUAAUCGUUUUAUUUUUCUCUGGAAAUAAAGAGAGAAGAGAGAAUUGAGAUGGGAUAAAAGAAAAAUAGAAGGAGGCGAGGGGAAUAAAAAAAAAAAAAAAAUUUUUGGCUGUUGAUUUAUUUGAGGGAAAGAGAAUACAUGGAACGAAGUGAUCAUAGACAUGGAGGCGGAGGUGGUGGUGGUAGUGGAGGUGGAGGAGGAGUUACAUCAAAUAGCAACAGUAGCAGCGGCUGCACCAACGGGAGUAGAAGCACUUCCGACCAGAAGCAGUUUCGUCACCACCAGGGCAACAGCAGCGGCGCCUCCUCCUUCGACCUCGUCCCCUUGGACGGCCGAGGAGGCGGCGGGCCCGCUUCUUUCAUGGGGUCCGUCAUCCACCAUACCGGAUCCGGCCGCGUCGACGCCUCCCUCGCCAUCUCCUCCUCCGCCGCCAAGCCCGAUCCCACUCCUCCCGGCCCUUCCUCUUCCGCCGCCGACGCGUCCAAGAAGGCUGCUGUCGUCGCGAAGCGGUCGUCCAAGGACCGGCAUACGAAAGUCGAAGGCCGCGGCCGCCGGAUCCGGAUGCCGGCCUUGUGCGCCGCUAGAGUCUUCCAGCUGACACGAGAACUCGGGCACAAGUCGGACGGGGAGACCAUCGAGUGGCUCCUGCAGCAGGCGGAGCCGGCGAUCAUCGCUGCCACGGGCACCGGCACCAUCCCUGCGAACUUCUCCACGCUCAAUAUUUCUCUCAGGAGCAGUGGUUCCUCCCUCUCGGCGCCGCCGUCCAAGUCCGCCCCGCACUCCUUCCACGCGCUCGCGCUCGCCCACGCCCACCACCGCGCGGACUACGAGGAGGGCGCUGGGAUCUCCCACUCCACAAUGCUAGGCUUCCAUCAGCUCCCCCAUCACCACCCCGCUCACCAGCAUCAUCUCCUACCCACCGAUCAAAUAGGAGGACUGCACUCGGCCGGAGGUAGCGGCGGUGGCGGAGGAGGGGAUUCCUCCGCCGAUACGUAUUUGAGGAAACGCUUCAGAGAAGAUCUAUUCAAAGAAGAGCAGCAGCAGCAGCAUCCGCCGCCUCCUUCUCAGCAAGAAGGAGGAGGCGGGCCGUCGUCCCCAUCCUCCGCCUCCAAGGACGUGCGGACGGGCGGCCUCCAACUGCAGCAGCGGGCGCCGCAUGAACCUGCUGCGUCCGCCGCCGGAGGAAUGGCGAGGCCGCCCGGCGUCCUUCCCGCGGCGGCAAUGUGGGCGGUGGCUCCAAACAGCGGAGCCGGUGGAGCAUUCUGGAUGCUCCCCGUCUCCGCUGGCUCGACGGCCGGGCCAUCGGAACCGUCUCUAUGGACGUUCCCGACAGCAGCAGGCCAGGGGCAGUACCGGACGGGGAUACCCACCGGUGGCGGCGGCGGCGGGGGCACGAUCCAGCCGACACUCCCCUUCAUGUCGAGGAUCAACAUCCCAGGCGGGCUGGAGUUCCAAGGCGGCCGCGCAGCCGGGGCGCUCCCAAUGGGGGGCGCGGCGGCGCAGCAUCUUGGGCUGGGAAUCUCGGAGGCUAAUCUGGGGAUGCUGGCGGCGCUGAACGCUUAUAAUAGAGCCGGACUCAGCAUGAAUUCCGGGCGUCAUGAUCAUCACCAUCAGAGCCAGCAGCACGGUGCGGACGGUGGGGAUGAUCACCAAACGAAUUCUCACUAGGCAAAGGAAGGCAAAAUGGGAGUUUGCUUUUCCCCUCCCUCACUCCCCCUCUAUACCAGAAAUUUUACAAGUAUAUCUGUAUCACUGGAGAUUGCUUUUGUUUCUGUUUUUCUUUCUCUGAGUUUAGCAUCUAGUUUCUUAAUCAUUUGAUACUAUUCUCUCAAUCUCUGAGAGAAAUAUGCUUAUCCUUCUUUUUAUUUAUUUUUUUCCCUUUUUUUUUUUUGUUUCUAUUGUAGAGAAUUUCAAGAAUUUUAUUUAUGGGUCCAAAAGGGCCACAAGAGAGUGGGGGACAGUCUUGUAUAGGGAAUUCGCCUUGUGUAGUAAUAACUCUUUGUUUGUUUAGUGAGAGAUUUUAUAUAAAGCAGAGCCUAAUAUUUCUCUUGUGUCA